AUGAAAGGAAUCCUUGUUGCUGGUAUCAUCACUACGCUUACCAUUGUGGCUGUAGAAUCUCAGAGCUGUGUGCAGUGCAAUUCAUUGACCAACUCUUGUAACAACAGUGCUGUCUCUUCAUGUCCAAAGGAUGCCAACUCCAGCUGUACCAGUUCUUUGGUGAACUCCACUCUAGGAGGAGCCAUCACAUUGUACCUGGAUAAAUCCUGCUCUGAGAAGGAAUGCAAUGAAUCAGAACAAGUGAUACCAGCCUUCACUGUCCAUGUGUCUGAUGAAGAGCACGUCCAUUUUGCAAGCCAGUGCUGCAAAGGAGAAGGCUGCAAUAGUAAAGAUAUCUCUGCCUAUUCACAGGCAAAUGAGCCCAGAGACACAGUGUGCCCUGCUUGUUAUGGACCUGAUGACGCUUCUUGUAACGUGAAACAGCAGAAAUGUUAUCAAGAAGAACGGUGUGUAGAUAUAGUCGCAAACUUCAAGAAUGGAACUGGCUUUCAAACACUUGUGCUGAGAGGAUGUUCAAAUGUCAAUGACUCUACCUGCCGGUUCCUAUCUGCUUCAAACCAGACAAUUGGAGGAAUCACCUUUCAAAAGUUUGAUUGUACAGACAGUUCCCCCACCUCCUCAACUCCCACCUCUUCCCUGUCUACCUCCCAUGCCUCUUCAUCCUCCACCCCACCCCGGUCUACAAUGACCAGCUCUCCACAGACCACCAAUACAGGCUCCAAAGUGUCUUUCAUCCCCUUUCCCCUUGCAAGCUUCAUUCUGCUAGGGAUGCUGCUCUGA